AUGAAUCGAGACUAUUCUCGCACGGAGUAUGUCUUUGGUUCUGACGCUCUGCACAGGAUGCAGCAGGCUGAGUUUUUGAUUAUUGGUGCAGACGGCCUUGCCCAGGAGAUUGCCAAAAACCUGGCGUUGACAGGGGUUUCCGCUAUUAGGAUUUUUGACCCUACGUCAACAUCAUACCGUGACCUUUCCUCAAGCCCAUUCCUUCGUCUUGAAGAUGCCGAGUCAGGCGCUCCAAGAGACAAGACAAUAGCGUCACACAUCCAGCAGCUGAACCCGCUCUGCACGGUUGAGGUGGUUGACAAUCCGUCCUUUUCGUCCGUCAAGGAGCUCAUUCAGCCCUCCAAAGUUGUCAUCCAAACCUGCUGUCUCCCAAAUCUUCCGCUUGGACACGUUGGGGACGUGUGCCACGCAGAGGGGAUACCUUAUAUCAUGUGCACGACCAACGGCCUAUCUGGCCGCCUAUUUUGUGACUUCCUUGCCCGCCACACUAUCCUAGACAUUGAUGGCGAGCGUUGUGAGGAUAUCACAUUGAGCAGCUGCAUCAUUGAGGCGACCUCUUCUCAUGUAUGUAACAAUGGCAUGCGUGACUGGCGCUUUUUCUUUUCUACGUCGAAGAUCCACGACUUAUCAGAUGGUUAUACAGUCCUGAUUCGAGAUUUGAAAUUCGUCGCAGUUGAUGGAAGCGGAGCUCAACAACCUACUGUUUCUAUGGAGCGUCUUGAGAAGCUUGUUAAUCAGCAGAUAUGGACCAUAAGUAUCACAGGGCAUUCUCGCUUUGAAGCGGUCCCAUGCAAUUCAUCUAUUGGCGCAGCAAUCUGCUCUUUCCUUUCGGAGCUUAAGCAGAAAGGCUUUGAGGCCCUUCAUUUGCGAGGUGGAUACGUGAAACGAGUUAAGGAACCACUUGAUAUGCCCUUUUUACCCUACUCAGAGGCAGCCAGAACCCCACAGUAUAGCGACCUUAUGGUUGACUUUUCAAAACUUGGCCGUUCAGAUGUAUUGCAUUCCAUUUACAGUGUGAUUACAGAGGCAGCCUCUGUGGGGCACACUUCUGCAUCGGCUCUGCUUGCUCCAGAGACCGUCUGGAAUAGCGAGUUGGCCCGCACCAAUCUCGAUGGGUUAAUUGCCUUCUGUAUCGAGUACAAGGGUUCACGGUCUCUGCUGGAGAUGUGCCUUCCACACCUGACAAAUAAUGAUAACAGAUCUCUCUUAGAGACAUUCUUAAUGACGUAUAACGGGCAGAUUUCCCCACUUGUUUCUUUCAUGGGUGGCUGGGGUGCUCAGGAAGCGCUUAAGUGUGUUUCUGGUAAGUACACUCCUAUCCACCAGUUCUAUUAUUAUGAGUGCUUCGAAGCACUUCCACCCAAAGACUCUCCAUUUCACCCUCUCAACGGGGGCUUUAACUUAUCUAAAGACAUUUUCCGACCUGCAGAUAGAUAUGAAGGCCAGCGCAUGCUUUUUGGCAAUCGGCUCCAGGACUUAAUUUCGCGUGCAUCACUUUUUGUCAUAGGGGCAGGUGCACUAGGAUGCGAGCUUCUCAAGCAGUUUGCACUUAUCGGCGCAGCAACCGAUACACAAUCAUUGCUUGAGCUUACAGACCUAGAUAACAUAGAAAACUCUAAUCUGUCUCGCCAAUUUCUGUUCAGAGAGAAAGAUAUUGGUAAAAUGAAAGCAGAGGUGGCGGCAGCCAAUGUGAAGCUCAUGAACCCGGAGCUAAACAUCAAUGCACGCUGUCUCAGGGUCGGGGAGGAGACAGAGGAUGUUUUGAAUAGUGAGUUCUGGCUAAGUAAGACCGUUAUUGUUAAUGCCUUAGAUAAUGUCCCGACAAGGAUGUACGUUGACGGAAGGUGCUGCCUUUAUCGCACGGCUCUUCUGGAGUCAGGAACGCUAGGGCAAAAGGCAAAUAUGCAAGUGAUAGUCCCGUGGCUGACCGAGACGUAUGGCAGCCAACGGGAUCCAGAGACCAGCGAUGAUCCUGCCUGCACUAUCCAUAACUUCCCCAAUACGAUUGUUCAUUGCAUAGUUUACGCCACUUCAGAGUUCAAGGGCGUAUUUGAGCAGGGUUGUGCAGACUUUGCCAAAUUGAAGACUGAGGGGCUUCAGCCAUUCGUCGAUAACCUUCUCAAAAAUAAAGAUACAAUAGAGGCUCGUCUUCUCCAAUUGCAAACCAUUUGUAUGAAGCUGCCCCAUUGUGUCAACAUUAUAGACCGUGCGUGUAAUUGGGCCUGUGCCUUGUUUGAAAAAUACUUUAUUUUGACAAUAGAGAAGAUCCUAAGUGAUUUCCCCGUAAACGCAAAAGAUAAGGAUGGCAACAACUUCUGGAGCGGGGAGAAGCGUCCGCCGCACAAGCUUACUUAUGACGCAAACAAUCCAAUUCAUCAUGACUUCAUUUCAACGGCCGCCCGUCUUUAUACGGUUAUUCUGGGGAAUGACGUGGAUAUCUCCUCUGAGACUAUCAUGUCCAUCGCGACAGCAUACUUCGCAGCGUCAUCGGCUUCUCCUGCAAAAGCAGUUAUACUAACAAGGGAGGUAGCUGCAAAGCAGAUUUCUAACUUCUUAAAUUGCACGUAUAACCCAGAGACUAUCUCUCAGCUCCUUGCCGACGAUACUCUGUUUGACCAAGAGUUCUUAAAGCAUCUGUCACCGUGGGGCGUGACUCCUAGGGCCCUUGUUUUUGAAAAGGACGACCUGACAAAUGGACACGUGCAGUACAUUGCGUCCUUGGCCAACCUUAGAGCAGAGAAUUAUGACAUCCCGACUAUUGAUUAUGCGGAAGCCCGCCGGCUUUCGGGAAGCAUCAUCCCUGCAAUGGUCACCACUACAGCCAGUGUUGUUGGUCUUGUGGGAAUAGAGUUCUAUAAAGUACUUUUGUGGAACAAUCCAGAUCUUAGUGCAAGGCACCCACUUGCUGACUACAAGAGUGCGUUUUUCAACUUUGCUCUUCCUAGUCUUCAGCUUUCAGAGCCAGGCCCGUGUACCUUUGUGGAGUGCUCUACCACCAAAGAGAAGAUCACUCCGUGGGACCAUAUUGAGUUGCCAAAAACCGUAACAGUUCAAGGCGUUAUUGACUAUUUCCGUGACCGUUACAAGGGUGAUGUUGAUUCAAUCAUCUUCAAUACCCGCAUGGUGUACUCUUCAUUUGGAAAUGGGGCCGUUGCCUUAGACAAACGUCUGGCUGAGCUGGUCAACGAUCCUCCAGGUCAAAUCUUCUUUAUUGUUGGGUGCUCAGACCCUGAUACCUAUGACGAAAUAGAGGUCCCCAAACUUUGCCUAGUAAAUUAG